CCUUCAAUAUUCACCGAUCGUGGCCUCGGGAAUAGCCGCCCUUGAAAAAUAGGCGAUGAUUAGGCUGAGAAGACAAUGGUUAACGAAGAUGGUUAGAUUAGUACUGAUGUGUCUUGAUGACGCUCAGACCCUAUAUCGUGAAGGCAUAUAAAGAGCGUGGCUCUCAAAGUCAACCGACUCAGCUCAAUCCCCCUACUCCCCACACAACAAGAGUUCCGAGGAACAACUCCCUCCCACAGCGCGUCAUUUACACAACAGAGCACAAUGGUACUCACUCGCACAAUGCGGAAGCAACUAGCAGCCACUCAGACCGCAAACACGGAGACGACAAUCAGUAAUGAGACGUUGUUAACACAUUCAAGGCGUUCGCAUAUUGCGCAAUCUGGAAGCGGCCCGCAACCAACGGCCGGAGAGGGCACCGCCGUCCAUAACAAUGCGGUUGAAGGCUCCGCCAACGUCCGCACCAAUGCCUUCAGCACCACCACGGGAAGCGUCGGUGCUUUUCAACCAUACACCGUUAUAGAGGACCAGUCCUCUAACACCCAAACUGCGCAAGCUGCGCAUGUCGUCGAAACGAAACGUAAAAGAAAUGGUAAGUCGUCUUCCUCAUUCCGAGUUGAGAUUCUUCAUUAAAAUAUUUAUUCCAGCCGAGGUCCUUGAUAGCCAGCCACAGGCAUCGGGAUCUUCCA